GAUGUUGUAGCACACAUGCAAUCUCUUCCCUCCACAAAUAGCAGUAACCAUUACCAUGGAUGGAAGAAUCCUGGAUCGAUGAACGGGCUUAGACCUACAACAUCGUGUAUUAGAGUAAAGUAGGCAACAGACAAGGCUAGUUUGUUAAGUGUUCGGCCGCCCAUCCCUGACUCCUUCAAGGCAUCAUACAACAAAAUAUGUGCAGGAAAAACACUCAUGGCCAAGGAAUCACCUCCAGCUGUUUGUGAGACCGUUACCCCGAUGUCAUCUCUGGAGGUAUCAUCAACCGCAGGUCCGCUCGAAGUGACCGAUGACCUCAUCUACAGUCUGGCCGCUGACGUGGAGACCGUUGACCACCUGGACGCCCUGGGGAUCGCUCUUGGCUUUGACCAAGCGGCCAGGACUAGAUUCCACUCCACCAAUAAUCUAUCAGGGAGUGUGGGCUGCAGAGGGACGCGGGAUAUGUUAACAGAAUGGAGACAACGCACUCCUGGAGCUGACAAGCCUAAACUGAAGAGGGUGCUACAAAAAGCAAGACUGAUCGAGCUCUCUGAGAAGUACUUACCAGCUACCGACGAAAAUACUUUGAAGGUGGAAAAACUGCGAAGGAAACUGAAGAAUCGCUACAAACAAGAACUAUGUCAUCUGCCUUUACGGCCUUGGGACAAAGACUCUUCUCUAAGCUUCAAGAGAAACUUUGUAGAUGUAGACCUGUACGAACAAGGACAGCACUGCAAGUGUCCGGAAGACAACGGGACACUCAACGAUCUUCUGAAGAUGGCCUGUAACGUCCAAGACCAUCAUUACCGCUUUGCCAUACUAGCCAACGCAGGAUGUGGAAAGUCGAUGCUAGCAGCUAAAAUAGCCUACGACUGGUCCCAUGAAUUAGAGGGCUCUCCAUUGCGGGACGUUCUGCUCUUGUUUGUGAUAAAGUUGCGACUUCUGCAGGAAGGUACAGCUCUAGAGGAUGCCAUCAUGUCCCAAUUGUUGGUGGGAGACGAGGAGAAGUAUUCAGCUGGAGUUCUGAAGACGUUCAUCGAGGAGAACCAGAGCAGGUGUAUGCUGGUCUUUGAUGGCUGCGAUGAGUACAUCGCUAACAUCCUGGCCAAGGACAUCAAGAGCGACGUUGUUUCCGUCCUCCGGAAUCACUGCCUUCAAGAGUGUCCAACAGUUAUCACAUCCCGGUUUCGCCACCAGAGAAGCUUCACGAAGGCAAGUCAGUCCUACGUGAAGAUGGAGCUGCGUGGCUUCACGCUGGAUAACGCCAAACGGUAUAUCCGAGGAUUCUUCCAUGAUCAGAGGGAAUCUGGAGAGAAACUGAGGCAGUUCCUAGACAGUAGCCAUGUGGUAUGCCAGCUGGUGCAGAUACCGCUCUUCUGCGUCAUGGUGUGUGACCUUUGGCAGCAGGAUGCUCUUGAGGAUGUCCAAACCCAGACAGGUCUUCUCAACCAGGUCAUCCAGUUUCUCUGGCACCACUGGAUAUCAAAGAAGGAGAGCAGUGAGGACGAAGAGAGUUCCUACAGCAGUGAUGAAGCGGAAUCAGCAUAUAUGAGCUUCAGCCACUGCUCUUGA